UCCAACAUGGCGACUUAUUGUUUUGAGUUGUGACGAAGCUAGCCGAUUUUUUUUGCAACAUGAGCAUUAAAUAACAAAAAAGGUAUGCCGUACUAGAUUGUACAAGUCCGUUUAAACGUCAUGGAACCGUAGGUACAACGUAAUGCUUUGUGGGACGCGCAGAGAAUUAGUGUGGAUUAGAAACGCACUUCAUUGUAGGUAACAUGUUAGCCUUUGAGCUAGGUUAGCUAACUUUAGCACAGGUUAAAAACUAGCUCUGUUUCAAAAUUUAUAGCACUCUCCAUUCAGGCUGAGGCAAUGUUGGGGUUUCUGACAGCAAGACAGGCUGGUCUGGAUGAUCCUCUGCGACUGAGACGUGCAGAGUCAACAAGAAGGGUCCUCAGUCUGAAGUUGAAUCCUGAUAGAGAUGUGGACCGAAUCCAUGGAAAUGGCAUUAAUACCGUUGAUAUUGAUGCAGUCGAAGGCAAAUACAUGUUGUCUGGAGGUGCAGAUGGAGUAAUCGCCAUAUAUGACCUGGAGAACUACAGUGGGAAACCACAGUACACCUGCAAGGCAGUCUGCACAGUAGGCCGGUCAAGUCGGUAUGUUCACAAAUUCAGUGUAGAGACAGUCCAGUGGUAUCCUUACGACACAGGGAUGUUUGUCUCCAGCUCCUUUGACAAGACCAUGAAAGUCUGGGACACUGAGACAUUAAAGCCUGCUGAAGUGUUUGAGUUCGAGGGCAACAUCUACAGUCACAACCUGUCCCCCAUCGCCAGGAAGCACAGUCUCAUUGCAGUUGGCACCAAAAACCCUAAAAUCCAACUGUGUGACCUGAAGUCCGGCUCACGAAUUCAUGUUCUUCAUGGUCACAGAGGAGAGGUCCUGUCUGUGCGGUGGUCACCCAGAUACGAGCACAUCUUAGCCAGUGCCAGCGCAGACAGCAAGGUGAAAGUAUGGGAUGUGCGCCGUGCUUCGGGUAGUCUCUUCACUCUGGACCAGCACAAUGGAGACAAGUCGAAAGCGUCCUCUGAGGCAGUAAACACAGCCCAUAAUGGCAGAGUGAAUGGCCUAUGCUUCACUGGUGAUGGCCUCUACCUCCUCACUACUGGAACUGAUGACAGAAUGAGACUAUGGAAUAGUGCCACCGGAGAAAACACACUGGUAAAUUAUGGGAAGGUCUGCAACGAGAGUCGUAAAAGGCUACAGUUCACAGUGUCACGUGGCUGCAGCCCAGAGUUUGUGUUUGUGCCGUGCGGCAGCUCAGUUGCAGUGUAUGCCCUCCACACAGGAGAACUGGUCACUAUGCUCAGAGGUCACUAUAACAAUGUUGACUGCUGUGAGUUUCAUCCAGACUACCAGGAGCUGUACAGUGGAGGUAAAGACUGUAACAUUCUGGCUUGGGUUCCUGUCCUCCGUGUCUCGGAUGUGGAAGAAGAGACGAGUCGCGAAAAUAAGGGUGCUGCUGGCCAGUCUUCAGUGGACCCUGCCUUUCAGGAUGCAUGGAGCAGUGAUGAAGACUGAUGUCGGUGUUUUGUGUGUGGACACACUAAGGCCACUGAACAUGCAAUUAAAUCUGCAUCCAUCACAAUUACUGCCAAAAACUGUAAAGGGACGCCAGUGAAGAUAACUCAUGUGAUAGGAAACUGCUCGCAUUUGCUGAUGCUGACAAAAGCCUUAAAUGAUGUGUGUAAAUAAUUGUCUGACUUUAGAAAUAUGCACAGUGCUAAGAAUCAUGUGUUUUUUGUACAUUAGAUAUAGCAUUGUUAUUGUUUUUUUUAAUUUGAAAGUAAAUCCAACUGCAAGUUUCAUGUUGUUUUACUUCUCAGCCUGUUUCAAAACAAUUGAAUAUUUUCAGUGAUUCACUGUUCAAGUGGGUUAUCUGCCAUUAUUUGUGCAAAAAAUAUAAGACAAAAUAAUGCA